AACCUCAAGGACCCGUAUGUACGCUCCGCUCCGGGGAACCAUGUCGCUGAGCAGGGAGACCUUUGCAGGAACUUCGGCGUCCGUGGGGUGCAUCUAUGAGACAUAAUCAGCGCACCGAGAACUUUAAAGCAUCUGCUUGGGAUUGCAUUAUUUUGGCAGGAGUGGUGCGGGCGGGGUCGGAUGGACAGAUAAGCAGCAGCAGAUAGCCAGGUAGCUCGAGUCUCAGGCAGGUGUACUGCCCGGUCACGGAGCGGGGACGAAGUGCGUACUCUACAGCAGCAGCAGGGCUUCUCCUCGCUAGGGAAUGUUAUCCGUGCUGUCUUAUGGCAGACUGGUAGCCAGGGCUGUCCUGGGUGGACUCUCGCAGACGGACGGCCGGGACUACAGCCUGAUCACCGCCAGCUGCGGCUUCGGCAAAGACUUUCGCAAGGGGAUCCUGAAGAAAGGGAUGUGCUACGGAGACGACGCCUGCUUCAUCGCAAGGAGCAGGGCUGCCGAUGUUCUGGGUGUAGCAGAUGGUGUUGGCGGGUGGCGAGACUAUGGAGUCGACCCAUCUCAGUUUUCUGCCACUUUAAUGAAGACCUGUGAGCGGCUGGUAAAGGAGGGACGCUUCACUCCCAGCAAUCCAGUGGGUAUUCUGACGUCCGGCUACUUCGAACUCUUACAGAACAAAGUUCCACUGUUGGGAAGCAGCACAGCCUGUAUUGUGGUUCUGGAUCGAAGGAGUCACCGGUUACACACGUGUAAUCUUGGAGACUCGGGCUUCCUGGUGGUUCGAGGUGGAGAGGUGGUGCAUCGUUCAGAUGAGCAGCAGCACUAUUUUAACACGCCCUUUCAGCUUUCUAUUGCUCCUCCAGGAGCUGAGGGAGUCGUGCUCAGUGACAGUCCUGAAGCAGCAGACAGCUCAUCUUUUGACGUGCAGCUCGGUGACAUCAUCUUAACGGCAACAGACGGGCUCUUUGACAACAUGCCAGAUUACAUGAUUCUUCAGGAGCUUAAAAAACUGAAGACUUCAAACUAUGACAGCAUCCUGCAGACUGCACAGAGUAUAGCAAAGCAAGCUCAUGAUCUCGCCUAUGAUCCCAACUACAUGUCCCCUUUUGCACAGUUUGCUUGUGACAACGGUUUGAAUGUUAGAGGAGGGAAACCAGAUGAUAUUACAGUGCUGCUGUCUAUUGUGGCUGAAUACACAGACUAAAAGUGUGCAUGUAUGUGUGGAUGCUUUCUCUGGGGCUGAUCCUUCCUUGCCGUCUGCCUGAGUCCUCCACCUGCAGCCCACCCAACAUGCACUGUGGGAUAAGAGGGGAGGUCAACCAGCACGACUCACACUCCACGCAGCUGACAUCUACUUGUGUAAAAGGUUAUUUUAAUGUGGUUUUAACUGUUCAAAGUUGAGAGACGGCAGGCAGCUAGGACAUUUUUAUGUUUAUCAUGAUGCAGGAGAAACUGAGAAUGAUGAACAGAAGAAGGCUUUUUAGUUCCACAUGUCUCACUGCUUGAUGUUAACAAUUUUAAAGUGAUGCGAGUAAGCCUGGGAGACUUUAGAUCAAUAAAGCUUUUAAAAUGGGGUUUAAAAAAAUAUUGGGAGUAAGCCAUUGGUAGUAAUAGACCUGGCUUGAUGACUCUGUUCAUUUUUAUUUGCUUCAUAUUGUAAACUUUUUUUAACUAAGCGCAUGAAUUAGAGCGAGUUUGCUGAAGUCGGAUGGUGAGUGUUGAAGUAUACAAUGUGGGUUUUGGGGUUUUGGCGAGUCAGAUCGAGGACUGUAAAUGAGUGUUUUUGCUCAAAUCUGUGAAGGGAAAGUGUCACAUUUGUUAAAGCAUUUAUGUGAAGGAUAUUGAGUAAAUACUGAUAGUUAUAGUUAGGUUUUCAUCUACUGCCGAAGAAACUGUUAGUAUGCACAUCUUGAUAAGUUGUAAAUAUUUCAGCUUUUUUUUUGUUUGUUUUCUUUUCUUUUCUUAGGGCUGUAUUCCUGCCUUUAUUAUGUUGUCUCUUGAUUUGAUUGUUGAAGCGAGGAACUAUUGUGUGGAAGACAAACACAUUCAUUCAUGGACAUAUUUUCUUGUACAGGUGAUAAUCUUGAUGUGAACUUUGUCAAUCCCAAACUUCCAAUUGUUGCAAAGAACAAGAUAUUUGCAGGUAUUGUCCUACAUCGUGUGUGUGUGUGUGUGUGUGUGUGUGUGUGUGUGUGUGUGUGUGUGUGUGUGUGUGUGUGUGUGUGUGUGUGUGUGUGUGUGUGUGUGUGUGUGUGUGGAAUAUUUAUAUGUCAUCUCAUAAAGCUAGCAUCUGGGAAUGCUUACAGCUGCAACAAUAGGUCAAGAAUAUGUUUUAAAGAAAAAAUGUAUUUUUUUAAAUAUUAUUUUGUCAGAAAAUAUGAUGACAAAUGUUAUGGAUCACUAAAAGACCCCUUUAUCUUAGAAUCAAAUGUGCUUUGUGUGUGAGUUGGGUUUUUUUUAAUUAGCUUUUAUUUUCAUUUCCUAAUGUCCUUUUACAUUCAUUUGCUGCUUUUUUUUUUUUUAAUAAUUCUUUAUAUGGCUCAAAUGGCAUGAUUCAUGUAUAGAUGGUGUUUGUUUUGACGUGUGCUGGAUUUCACUAAACAACAUUAAUCAAAAACCUAAAAAAAACUGCGCUGAUAGUCCGUCUUUUCAUCUAAUGCCUUGUCAAGGUGGUUUGGACAAAAGCAUAUGCACCAAAGAUAAACUUUCUUUGUGUAUAUUAGUAUGCUUUCUUUCUUUUUUCUUUUUUUACUCUAUCAUACAGCAAUACUGGAUGUCUCUUGUGCUUAGAACUGUGUGAGAUGGCCACAUGUGUUGGGGAUUUUGUUCAGUGACACUAUUCUGCACCUAAAGGGAUCUGAAAACGAAAGCUGCCGACGCAUUUGUGCUAGGCCUAGUGAUUGGCUAUUGGUAAAUAUAAGAUGAGUAACCAAAGAAGGAUAGAUUGUAUACAUUGCUGUGUAUGUAUGCAUGCAUACAUAUACACAUGCAUGCAUGCAUGCAUGCAUACAUGCAUACAUACAUACAUGCAUAUAUGGGUACUGCUGUGUAACCCCUCUGUAAAGAGGAUGUCUUGAUGGCUGCUAUCGUUGCCACAGUUUUGCUCUUAACAGUUAUAGUAGAAGGUUCAGUUAGUGCAUAGACAAUUGUAUUAGAAAUUAUUCAUUUACAUGCAGUCCACCAAUUAAGUUUUUUCUCUUUUUUCCUCUUCAAAUGGGAAUUAUAUUUCACAUUGACGGGAAUUUCACGAGUCUUCCUUCCUCAAACAAAAAAGAACCUGUCAUAUAAAUAUAAUUUAUUGUCUGCACUUUUUUUUGCAGGUGUUGUCUUAGUUUCAGCACCAUUUCACUGUUAAUCUCUCACAUUUGGAGUCUGUUUUAGUCUUUCCAUCAUGAGGGUGAGCACAGUUUCAGCCUUAAAAGCUAGACCUGUAAUGAAGAGGCCUUUCCUGUCACUGCAAGCUUGUCUUGUGUUUGUUGUGUUUAUGUGAAUGAUGUGCCCUUCACUCCAGUAAACCCGUAUCUUAAUCUCUCGUAAAACUGUUUUCAAAGGUGCUUCUGCACUCUGAUGGUAUGAUUGUCCUCUUGCCAGCAAGCGAAUGAAAGAUGUACCCAUGUCUACAUUUUAACAAUGCAGGUCUAAUUUAUGUAAAUAUGUUUUCAAAUAUGUACAAUAUUUAAAUAAAGACUAUAGUAUUUAUACUAAA